AUGCAAGGACAGCAAGAAGAAGAACUAGAAACACGGGAAAUAAUAGCAAAGAUGGCGGCUGCUGCAGUAUAUCCUGCUCAUAUGGCUGGUGGAGACUCGACCUCGGCCAUGGGGCAGCAUAACUUCCAGGGUGGACCAAGUCAGGGCGUGUUAUUUGGAGAAACCAACUUCCUACAGUGGGGCGACUUCGAAGACCAAAUUCCAAGCGACCAACCACCGAUCUUGAAUCACACCGACCAGGAUCUGCUGGCCGACUUCUUCAGUGACCCGAACAGCACAACACAGUCACUGAUACCGUAUGACGUCGGCUUUGCUGGCGUUGGCGUUCAGCAGCCCGGAUACUCAGGCUCACAAGCCAAAUCGCACGUGAACAGCUUUUCGGGUUCGGCAGGCGCUAUGACCAACAAUCACGAGCUCAACUCGCUAAGCGCAGCCGACUUCACUGCGGCUCAAACCAUCAACGGCUUCAAGACACCUGCGACGUGGGGCGCUUUCUCGAUGCCCUUGUCACUCCAGAACAACAACCAGGACAUGUCUUCACAUGCCAACCAACACCUGGCCAACAACCGCCACCUCUCAAUGGCUGGACCCCAGCGCCAGCAUUUCAUCGCACAAGCAGCACCGUCGUCUAUUCCGUUCAGCCACCCUAGCUAUCAGAGUAACGCGUACGAGCAGCAUGCGCCACCAGCUCAAUAUGACAUACCUUCUCGACAACGUAACCCAUCAUUGAGUGCGCAGCACUUCAUGAACACAACACAUCAUCAUCAACAACCAGGAUCUCACUACAACGCAUCGCAAGUACCCGGUUCACAGAAUGUGCAUGGUCAUCCAAUGCCACAAGUGAAUUACGGCACAGACGACAACUUCGCGGCAAACAGCAGCUACAAAGGUCCUGCUGGCUGGGACGCAGAGCAUGAGCAGAAGCGAGAUAACUUGCUCGGCAUACCACUAGUGCGACAAGCUUCCCAAUCAUCAAACACUCCAGUGCAGCAUAGCGGUAUCCCGCCUCAGACUCGUGGUGGCCAGGGCAGCUCGUGGGCCAACAUGCCGCAGUCCAGUACCUUCUCUCAAACUGGUAAUGCCGAUGAAGGUCGUGACCGAAAGCGACGCAAAAGCCAGAUGGACGGGGCAGACGCUGGGGGAUGGAGUCCAGUCGUGCCGGACGCGCCCAACUCUGGCAGACGCAGUUCGAGACCCUUGCGGACCGAGGAAUCUGAAGACGAAGAAGCCCAGUCCGUGGCCAAGCGGCGCAGGCACGGCGGCUAUGUACGUCCUACUGGUGUCCCGAAGUCUCCUGCCAACCGUAAUCGUCAUUCUCUUGCCAACGGCGGCGAUGUCGACGACGUGUCUGGAGGACGAGCGGGAAAGAAGGCCCGCGAGACUCUCAGUGAGCAGCAGAAACGCGAACACCAUAUCGAGUCAGAGAAGAAGCGGAGAGAGAUCAUCAAUCGCGGUUACAGUGACCUGAAUAUGCUUGUACCUUGCCUUAACAACGGCAAGUCUGGCCUGUCGCGCGCCGAGUGCCUACAAGAAGUCGCUUCAUACAUCGAGACCCUCGUGGGUGGCACCGAGCAGCUGAUGGCGGCCAUCGGUUUGACCGAUCAAGACCUGAUUGGCCCUGCUCCUGGCACGAGCACAUCUGCUCCCCCGCCACCUCCAAAUGCUGGCAACGGCGCUUGA